AUGGCAGGACAGACAUCUCCUUCAGACUGUUCUCAUCUCAUUGACCACAGCCACAUCCCUGAGUUUGAGGUGUCCCUUUGGAUCAAGAUCGCUUUGGCCUCAGUGUACAUCUUCAUCUUUGUUGCGGGAAUCUUGGGAAACAGCAUCACCAUCAAGGCCACCAGGAUCCUGCAGAAGAAAGGCUACCUGCAGAAGGAGGUCACGGACCACAUGGUGAGCCUGGCCUGCUCUGACCUGCUGGUCAUCCUGCUGGGCAUGCCCAUGGAGUUCUUCAGUGCCAUCUGGAGCCCCUUUUCCACCCCCAAUGGCAACAUGGCUUGCAAGCUCUACUACUUCCUCUUUGAAGCCUGCAGUUACGCCACUGUGCUGCAUGUGGCCACCCUCAGCUUUGAGAGGUACGUGGCAAUCUGCCACCCCUUCAAGUUCAAGGCUGUCUCUGGACCCUGCACAGUGAAGCUGCUCAUCGCCUUUGUCUGGGGGACAUCUGUUAUAGUGGCUCUGCCCCUGCUCUUUGCCAUGGGCACAGAAUAUCCCCUGGAAACCAUUGAGGGCUACCGAGGUACAACUGCCUGCAUCAAGCCUACACCCAGACACCACCUCCCUGAGCUGAAGCACAAUAUGACCAUCUGUACCAACCUCUCCUCCAAGUGGUCUGUCUUUCAGGCCAGCGUCUUCGGCGCCUUUGCUGUGUACAUCAUUGUGCUGGGAUCUGUCACCUUCAUGUGCCGCAGCAUGAUGAAAACCCUGAUGAUCCACAAGGAGGGAACUGUGGCAGUCAAGGGUGGACCGAGGCACCAGGAGCAGUACCUAAGAAAAAGUGAAAACUCGGAGGGCAAGAGCUCCAGGAGACAGAUCAUUUUAUUCCUGGGUAAGAGCACUGUCCUACGCAGCCUCCCCUCCUCUGCCCCCCUUCCACAUGGGAAGGAAACCUAGAAGCCUUCAUUUUAUCUUGCCAAGUUCCCCAAAUGGGGGAUGUAUGG